CGUUAGCUUUGGAGACCUCACCUGGGUUGCUGAGGUGUGCAGAGUUGAAGCCAUGAAGAUCGAGGAUGACUUUCUCGGUUUUGGCUACAAUCUUCUCCAUUUCUCGAUUCUGCAUUGCUGCUUGUUGGAUGAUCGCUUCUAUGUCUUUGGCAUAUGUUUGGAUAAUGGGAUCUUCAUCUUCUCUGAGUGUUGCCCAUUUAGACACGAUCAGCGCCCAAUCCGAGAAGAGCAGGUUCUCGAUGAGGAACGGAGGCUGCAAGUUGGUGGCAUUGUGAACCUUCAGGAGAAUCUGUUGUGGAAGGGCGAGCAUGGCAAUCUGCGCAUGUACACUGGGGGGCGCGAGGUGUAUGAAGGCCUUGGCUUUCUGCACGAGUUCAUGGUGCCAUCCAUUGACUGCUUCAGAGUCGUCAUGCAGGAACGAGACGUAGACAUGAGUUUUGUGUAUGUUAGUGGAGUCAGUAGCGUUUUGUUCAGGGUAUGGAACGGUGCGAGGAGCGAUGCCGACAACGGAGGGGACUGUCAGUGCCGUUUCAUGUGUUUGGGGAGCCCACGAGAUUGUGGGAGCUCUACUGGGAUCCAGGCGGGACCCCAGAGGCGGGGAAUUGAGAGUGGGGUGUUUGUCGUGUUCAACACGAUGACCGUCCCUCAUGCACUUCGGCCGUUUGCAAGGCAUGUUAUCGUCGUGUCGAACACGAUCGCUCUUGAGGGGGUUGUCGACGACCGUCCUUUGGGAGCAUCGCCUUGCUCGACACGACCGUCCUUUGGGAGCAUCGUUAUGUUCGUUUUCGUCACAAAGGUUCAUAAAGAUGACAUUAUGACGGAACCAAAAAGUGUGAUGUCAGCAGCUGCACUAGGACAGUGUUCAGGAGCACUCAAAGGGAUAUCCGUGCGACCAACUGUAGGUGCCAUAUCGAUUCGGUCGUCAGAGUCCACGCCGCUUGUUCCAAAAGCAGGACAGAUCACUGCGAAGGGACCUGCUCAUGUACAGGUUGCGCCGCCAUCGUUGAAGAAGAUUCUACCAAUAGCAGUGAAAGAGCCACUCAGCAAAUGUGCGACAUUGUGUGUUCCUCGAGCAUGCGCGGUGCCAUUGUGCAAGGAUAUGACAAGCCUUUGUAUUUGGAAGAUGUGUGGGAAGGGAGCAGUGCAAAGAGUACACAGAGAGAAGAGGAAGAGGAAGAUUCACAGGAGCGAAGUAGGGAAAGUCACGAAGAGGAAAAAGAGAAUAGUGAAAAUUCUAUUAGCGAGAGAGAAGGUCAUCAACGGAGUCACAAGGUCAAGGAUGAAGAAGAAGCACGACACUCAUACAUUCCAGCGGAGCUUCACGUCGACCAGGGGGACAAUAGUGAUGACGAGCAUUGUGGCGACAUUCAGGAGCACGAACAUGAUCGGCAUGAGGACGCUGCGCACCACAAAGCAGUUGAAAAGCUACGCAGGAGAGGAGAAAAAGUCUCGAGGAGAAGAAAGGAAAGGGAGAACUCCUUCGUCGCCCCCUGCAGCUGUUAGAGAUCUUGAGGAGAAGAAAAGGAAAGCUAGGCAGGAGAGGAGAAAAAAUCACAACCCGAAAAGAAGCAGGAAAGAGCAACCUUAAAAAAGAUAGGUGCAACCUUUCCCGAUGGAUGAAGUCCAACGUACUCGCGAUGCAGAAGCUGCUGCCAAACAAAAGCCGAUGAGGGAA